AUUUAAAUAAAUUUUUGUAACAUUUAAUAACGUGCUUUAUUUUUACAGAUUGUACAGUUGUUGUACAGUGUUUCCUACUUUCAUAUUUGGUACCACCUAGAGGUCGUAUACGUAACAAAAAAGAACAUUGGAAGCCCUCAAUAAGUGAAUGCCAGGAUAGUAUUAUUCAACAUGCAGAGGUGAGUAAAAUAUUUCAGAAUUAGUAAUUUCCGAUGGAGACUCGCAAAGUUAGCAAAACUGAUUAAAUCUGAGUCUUCAUAAUUAAUAAUUCAUAAAUUAAGUCCAAGACAUUGAUUGACUUCAAUAAUCAGUUAUGUUAAAAAAAACAUCAGGAAUAAAGAUUAGACAAUUAUUUAAUGAACUGCAUAGUCUAUAGAACCAAUAUUAAUCAUUUAUUGUUUUACAGCUUCCUGGAGAUAUUUCAACGAUCCAAGAAAAAAGGAUUGAUGCGAUGAAUAAACUCGGACUACCGGUACAGCCUUACAUCAUAGUUGUAGGGCCUACGCUACAAAACAUAAAAAGUUUCUAUGUCAGCAUUGACAAGAUUUUAUAUCAGUUACCAUCCGCGUUAAAGGCGAUCGACAUUUGCUUCAAAGCAUUCCAUACAUUUAAUGCUUUGUAUCCACCUGAAGCGGAGCACAUCUGGUACCUGAUACAAUCAGGUCUGUAUAAAUUUAAAACUAAAUGGGAUAAGCAGGUUUCUUAUGUCAUGGAUAUUGUAAACUCAAUUCAGUAG